AAAAUAGAUUUUGUUGUCCUUGGAGCGAAUCUGUAAUUAAUCAGAGAGAAUUAACAAAUGAAAGGGAGAGAGAGGAUUAACAACGAAAGUAAAUUGAUCUCGUAAGUCUUACUACAAAGUAAUCACGUUAAUCGAUGAUUAGAACUGUCUCUUUAUAAAAUCUUAGAAUAUCUCUUUCUACCUCUUCUUGUCUUUUUUCAGCUCGGUUCUGCGACUUUAGCGACAGAUUCUCCCAUUCUCGGCAAAUGGAUGGGUCAUCUUACAGAGGUAGUAGUAGUUUGGAUAUGUAUUUACCAAAUUAUAAGCUUGGUAAAACACUUGGAAUCGGUUCCUUUGGCAAGGUGAAAAUAGCAGAGCAUGCAUUGACGCGGCACAAAGUUGCCAUCAAGGUACUUAACCGCCGUAAGAUAAAAAACAUGGAGAUGGAAGAAAAAGUGAGAAGAGAAAUCAAAAUCUUGAGAUUGUUUAUGCAUCCCCACAUCAUACGACUUUAUGAGGUUAUAGAAACACCAUCUGACAUAUAUGUUGUCAUGGAGUAUGUGAAGUCUGGGGAGCUCUUUGAUUAUAUCGUGGAGAAGGGUAGAUUGCAGGAAGAUGAGGCACGCAAUUUCUUCCAGCAGAUAAUUUCCGGUGUGGAAUAUUGCCACAGGAAUAUGGUUGUUCACAGAGACCUUAAGCCUGAGAAUUUGUUAUUGGAUUCUAAAUGUAAUGUCAAGAUAGCUGAUUUUGGGCUGAGCAAUAUAAUGCGAGAUGGUCAUUUUCUAAAGACAAGCUGUGGAAGCCCAAACUAUGCCGCCCCAGAGGUAAUUUCUGGGAAAUUGUAUGCUGGACCUGAAGUAGAUGUAUGGAGUUGUGGUGUUAUAUUGUAUGCUCUUCUCUGCGGUACACUACCUUUUGAUGAUGAAAACAUUCCCAACCUCUUUAAGAAAAUAAAGGAUGGGAUAUACACUCUUCCCAGCCAUUUAUCACCUGGAGCAAGAGAUCUUAUCCCAAGGAUGCUUGUGGUUGAUCCAAUGAAGCGAAUGACCAUUCCUGAAAUUCGUCAACACCCAUGGUUCCAAGCUCGCCUUCCCCGUUAUUUGGCCGUGCCCCCACCAGAUACAAUGCAACAAGCUAAAAAGAUUGAUGAGGAAAUUCUCCAAGAAGUGAUCAAGAUGGGAUUUGACAGGAACCAGCUAAUUGAAUCUCUUCGCAACAGAAUGCAAAAUGAGGCUACUGUUGCUUACUAUUUGUUACUGGAUAAUCGAUUUCGUGUUUCCAAUGGCUAUCUCGGAGCUGAGUUCCAAGAAACUAUGGAAUGUGCAUUCAAUGGAAUGCAUCAGAAUGAAUCUUCUUCUCCAGCUGCUGGACACCGCCUUCCAGGAUUCAUGGAUUAUCAAGGAAUGGGUUUGAAAUCACAGUUCCUAGUAGAGAGGAAAUGGGCUCUUGGACUCCAGUCUCGAGCCCACCCUCGUGAAAUAAUGACAGAAGUUCUCAAAGCUUUGCAAGAACUGAAUGUAUGCUGGAAGAAAAUUGGCCAGUACAAUAUGAAGUGCAGGUGGAUUCCAGGCACUCCCGGUCACCAUGAAGGAAUGGUUAACCAUCCAGCACACUACAAUCAUUUCUUUGGGGAUGAACCCACCAUUAUUGAAAAUGAUGGAGUCACUAAUUCAACAAAUGUGGUCAAGUUUGAAGUGCAGCUAUACAAAACUCGUGAUGAGAAGUACCUGCUGGACUUGCAAAGAGUACAGGGCCCGCAGUUUCUCUUCUUGGAUCUUUGUGCAGCUUUUCUUGCUCAGCUCCGGGUCCUGUAGGUAGGCUUUUGAGAGGACCAUUGCCCACGGUUCUCUUGUCAUGCAUGUGAAUAGGAAUUCACUCGUGAUGUGUAUAGCUUCUCGGCCUGACCCUGUCUUUACCUUUAAAAUUUUCCCUUGGUUUUGUGGGUAAUAGUUGUUUGAGGCCAACAUCCUGCUGUGCUGUGGGUGAAAUCACCAGUAGUAUUUGUUACAUAAAGUGGUUUUAUCUUAACUAGGAUUCCUCUCAAAGGUAUGUGACCAAUGAGGAAUUUUUCUUUUUAUAAUUUCUAGGAAAGGAUUAACCAAAUCUAGUUGUUUUCCAUGAAGUUAUGACAUUAUUGUAACAAUAACUGUGCAUGCAAUUAUUUUUUCGAAUUAUAUGUUUGAAACUA